CAGAGGGAGCGGAGGGCGGGGAGCGCCGAGGCUGAUUUGCAUCCAGGGGGCGGAGGCGCCGGCCCGGGGCCUAUAAAACCCCGCCGCAGCUGACAGCCUGCUCGCUCGGACUCCGGCAGAAGCGCCUCUCCUCCGCCUUCCGCAGAGCUAGGAUUGUUGUUGUAGCCUCGCCUGUGAGUAGCGCUGUAGUAAGCCCAGGCCACCAUGAAAGCCAUCAGCCCGGUGCGGUCUGUCCGGAGCUGCUACGAAGCCGUCUGCUGCCUCUCCGACCAAAGCCUGGCCAUCGCCCGGGGGAGUAGCGACAAGAGCCCGGCUCUGGAAGAGCCCAUGAGCCUCUUGUACGACAUGAACGACUGCUACUCCAAACUGCGCGAGCUGGUGCCGGGCAUCCCGCAGGGCACCAAAGUCAGCCAGGUGGAGAUCCUCCAGCACGUCAUCGACUACAUCUUCGACCUCCAGAUCGUCUUGGAAGAACAGGCCAAGAAAGGGCAGGAUCCGUCUGCCGAGGCUUCACUACUCUCCUUAAAAGCAGCUGAGCUGGCCUCAGAACUCUGCUCGAAAGAUGAGCAAAAUCUGUGCCACUAACGCCUCAACAGACUGCAGGUGUGGGAUCCUGACACUUGGUGCUCUCCAAUGAGAGAGAGAGGCGAAGGCUUGACUGGAGAAAGACCAGAAGUUUAACCCUUGCAAUCCAGUAACGGAGAAAACUGCCUUAUGUUCCAGAUAACUUGACUCUGAGACACGAUUGUGCACGGCGGUUUCAUAUGCCUUGUUUGGGUCUUCCAGUAACAGCUUUUAUUUUUUUUUCCUGAUCGCCCCCUCCCCCUGCCGAAAAAUAAAGCCUUAUCUGCCUGAAAACAAAAUUCCAAACCAGGCCAGUAGGGUAAAAACAACAAUUUUAAGAAAAUCUCAAAACAAAACUUGGGACUGUUGCUUUGCACCUGAAGAAGAGGAGAUGUGGGAUUUCCAGGCAGUUUUUUUUUUCCUGAACGGCAGAAAACCUCUGAGCCAUCCGAUCUGCCCGGCGCAUCUGAUUCCGAGUCUUGAGGAGGCUUCUAAGUGGAAAUGCAGUUACAUAAUUCCAACGUUGUGACAGUUCAUGAAAACAUGGACAGAUCUGUAUUUUGCGAAGGCAAACAAGAACCCUUGCCCAGAAUGCAGCUUGUGUGUAUAUUUUGGAUUAUCGUUUUUAACAUCUGAUUCGGGGGUGGGGGUGGAAGAAGGGCCUUCAAGAAUAUGAACGAACUGUCUUGGGGCUUUGGCCUCAUGGUUUUUUUUUUAAACGUUGAACUCUAUAAUAGAGAUAAACUUGUGUACCUUUUUUGGCAGGAAGGUGAAUUUCUGCAGCCAUGAAUUGUACUUGCUUUGUAAAAAAACUUUUUAUAAAAGUUUCUUACAUAAUACUA